AUGAAAAGGACUGAGGCACUGAUUCAUCUUGAGCCCCCUCCCUUACCUUCCCUUCUCGGCUGUCGCCAUCAUCUGUGCUGGACCCGGAUUCUCGCCGUGUCUUCUCACCAGACUUUCAGAAUUAAGCAAUUCCUGGCCAAGAAAGAAAAGCAAAAUCGUCCCAUUCCCCAGUGGAUUCAGAUGAAAGCUGGUAAUAAAAUCAGGUACAACUCCCAAAGGAGACACUGGAGAACAGCCAAGCUGGGUCUGUAAGAAUUGCACGGGAGAUGGCACACGUAUUUAUGCUGAAGGUCAUACCUGAAGCUCACAACCACGUUACCACAUCAAGCUGGAAAUGUCACCACGAUCUGGAGAGUUGAACGUGUU